AUGCAUCCGAUUCUGCGACGUCUUCUCCUUGACGAAUGUCAGUGUUGGGAUGCAGAAAGUAAGAGGAGCUACGAAGACCUGUUCGAAAAGUUGGACACGAAUAAAGAUGGGAAAGUUGACGUCGCUGAGCUGAGAGCGGGUCUCACAGCUAUGGGCAUAACAUUCCGCAAAGGUGCUGCUCAGAAAAUAGUUGCUUCUGGAGACCAAAACAAGGAUGGCAGCCUUGACUUCAAUGAAUUCUCAAAAUACCUAAAAGACCACGAGAAGAAACUGCGUCUGGCAUUUAAAAGUUUGGACAAGAACAAUGAUGGUCGGAUUGAUGCCUCAGAGAUUCAGCUGUCCCUGGGAGAACUGGGUAUUGAUAUUUCCAAGGAGGAGGCUCGAAAGAUCUUACAGAGUAUUGAUAUUGAUGGCACAAUGACUGUGGACUGGAGUGAAUGGAGGGAGCACUUCUUGUUCAAUCCUGCCACAAACCUUGAAGAAAUCAUCCGAUACUGGAAACACUCCUCGGUGCUUGAUAUUGGCGACAGUCUUGCCAUUCCUGAUGAGUUUACAGAUGAGGAGAGGACCACGGGAGUGUGGUGGAGGCAGCUGGUUGCAGGUGCAAUGGCAGGGGCAGUCUCUCGAACGGGCACAGCCCCUCUAGACAGAAUGAAAAUUUUUAUGCAGGUUCAUGCAUCCAAGUCAAACAAAAUCAGCCUGGUUGAUGGCUUCAAACAGAUGAUCAAGGAGGGGGGAUUUACGUCACUGUGGCGAGGGAAUGGUGUCAACGUCUUAAAAAUUGCCCCAGAGACAGCCAUCAAGUUUAUGGCCUAUGAACAAUAUAAAAAGCUUCUGUCAUCGGAUGGGGAGAAAAUACAGAUUCACCAGAGGUUCAUGUCAGGAUCACUUGCUGGGGCCACAGCCCAAACUGCCAUCUAUCCCUUGGAAGUCAUGAAGACCCGACUGGCCCUGAGAAAAACUGGCCAGUAUUCCGGAAUGUUAGACUGCGCCAGAAAGAUUCUAAAAAAAGAAGGACUGAAGGCUUUCUAUAAAGGCUAUGUCCCCAACAUACUGGGCAUUAUACCUUAUGCAGGGAUUGAUCUAGCUGUUUAUGAGAGCCUAAAGAAUGCCUGGUUGUCGCGUUAUGCCAAAGACACUGCUAAUCCAGGAGUCACAGUUCUGCUGGGCUGUGGGACUAUCUCCAGCACGUGUGGGCAGCUUGCAAGCUAUCCCCUUGCUUUAGUGCGUACACGGAUGCAAGCACAAGCCUCUUUGGAUAAAGCUGACCAGGCAACAAUGCGCUCCCUGUUAAGCACCAUCAUAGCCAAGGAGGGUUUCUUCGGAAUGUACAGGGGUAUUCUCCCCAAUUUCAUGAAAGUCAUCCCUGCAGUUAGCAUUAGCUAUGUCGUUUAUGAGUAUACUAAAAAUGCACUGGGAAUAUCUUGA